AUGCCUCUCGUAGCACAGAACCCCCAGCCAAGAGUGAUUCUCGGGUUGAUGACCUUUGGUCCAACCGAGGCCAAAGGUGCCCGGAUCACCUCGUUAGACGAGUACAACAAAUGCCUUGAUUACUUCCAGCAGCAAGGAUUCAAUGAAGUCGAUACCGCUCGUGUCUACGUCGGUGGAGAGCAGGAGGCAUUCACGGCCAAGGCGAACUGGAAGUCGCGCGGGCUGACUCUGGCCACCAAAUGGUACCCACAGCAACUUGGCCAACACAAGCCGGAGAUCGUCCGUGAGAAGCUGGAGCUUUCCUUGAAGGAGCUGCAGACCGAGACGGUCGAUAUCUUCUAUUUGCAUGCGCCGGAUCGUGCGACUCCUUUCGCUGAAACCCUCGAGGCUGUCAACCAGCUGCACAAGGAGGGCAAGUUUGUGCAGCUCGGUUUGAGCAACUACACAGCCUUUGAAGUCGCCGAGAUUUGUGUUCUCUGUGCUGAGAGAGGAUGGGUCCGUCCUACUAUUUACCAGGCUAUGUACAACGCUAUCACUCGUAACAUCGAGACUGAACUCGUCCACGCUUGCCGCCGUUACGGCCUCGAUAUUGUCAUCUACAACCCACUGGCCGGUGGUCUUUUCUCCGGAAAGUACAAAACAAAGGAUAUCCCCGCAGAAGGCAGAUACAGCGACAAGAACAAUACUGGACCCAACUAUCGCGCACGUUAUUUCAGAGAUGCCACUUUCGAGGCUCUCAGUAUCAUCGAACCGGUUGUACAGAAGCACGGCCUCACCAUGUUGGAGACGGCUCUGCGCUGGGUCCGACACCACUCUGCUCUGAAUAUGGAUAACGGCGGUCGCGAUGGAGUCUUGAUCGGAGUUAGCAGCUUCGCCCAGCUCGAGUCGAACCUUGCCGAUCUCCAGAAGGGUCUGCUCCCAGAAGAGGUCGUGCAAGCUUUGGACCAGGCUUGGCUAGUAGCAAAGGCUACUUCCCCGAACUACUGGCACUUGGAUCUGAAGUAUACUUAUGAUACUCAGAAGGCUGUGUUCCAGUCUAAAGUGGCAAUAAUACCUACCACAAACGGCGUUGUGGCUUCGGACAGCGUUGAGCUCUUGGAGUCGCGGGUAACUCCAGCCCCAGACGCAGUCCACGAUUUCAGUUCUGACGACGAGAUGGCUUUCACUCGACCCCCACUGCACCGGCCAACUGAUGGCCGCUCGCAACAACCGCUUCUCAAUGAUAACCACCAUCGCCGGUCUCAUUCGAACUUUAGAAGUGCCAGCAUAGAAGGCCAGCCUAUGCUGCAUCAUUCCAGACGGCCAACAAUCCGGAGUAAAAGUCCGGAACGCGACGCUGCCCUAGCAACCCGCAAGAAGUACAUAAUUGCUUCGGGAUUCCUCUUGCUCAGUCUGAUUAGCUUUGUGGUGCAAACGGAGACGGCUUCAUAUAUUCAAAAUGAAUUGCACUGGAAGAAGCCGUACUGCAUGCUCUAUCUCACCCAUGGCUCCUGGUCUCUGCUCUGGCUCGUCCAACUAGGCAUCCUUCGGCUACAGAAACGAAAACUCUCGUGGGAUGCUUUCUGGCGGCGCCACGUCUUCUUCCUUCGUACCACGGCCCAGAUGGUAGAGUCCCAGGAAGUACAUUUGAGUCCGCGUGCGGCCAGUCGAUCUCCAUUUCCUUACAUGCUGAAGACUACGGCUUUUGUGACCACUUCUCUCACAAUCGCUGGUGGAUCUUGGUAUCUGGCAGUCAAUAUGACCACUGCCAGUGACUUGACGGCGAUCUACAACUGCUCGGCGUUUUUCGCGUACGCCUUUUCGAUUCCCUUGCUAAACGAAAAACUGCGGAUGGACAAGAUUCUCUCUGUGGCCGUGGCUACUAUUGGCGUUAUGAUCGUCGCCUACGGAGAUCGGCCCGACAAGAAGCCCUCGAAAGGAGGAUCAACCACGGAUGACACUGCGGCCCAAAAUCGACUACUUGGAAACAUCGUUAUUGGCAUCGGAAGUAUCCUCUAUGGACUUUACGAAGUGCUCUACAAACGCUUUGCCUGCCCUCCAGAAGGUACCAGCCCUGGCCGGGGGACUAUCUUUGCCAACACAUUCGGCAGCCUCAUCGGAAUCUUCACUUUGCUAGUACUGUGGAUCCCAUUGCCAUUUCUGCACUGGACAGGAUGGGAGACUUUUGAAUGGCCGACUGGUGAAGCAGCACGGAUGCUCAUUAUCUCAGUGGCUGCCAAUGCCACAUUCUCCGGUUCUUUCCUCGUGCUCAUUUCCCUCACAUCGCCCGUUCUGUCUUCGGUAGCCGCUCUACUUACGAUCUUCCUUGUGGCUCUGGUGGACUGGUUCCGAACUGGAAUCCCACUUUCUAUGGCCUCUAUCAUCGGGGGCGUUUUGAUCAUGGUGGCGUUCUUCAUGCUGAGCUUCAGCACAUAUAGAGAGAUGAACGAAGAGCGGAAGAAGCAUAUAGAGGCCGACGAAGUCGAUUCCGACAGCGAUCCAUAG